AAUCGCUUCCCCGCAUCAUUAAGAUAUUUUUCUGGAAUUAAGGUGAACAGCAAAAAAGCAACAGGAGAAAAAUUCAAGUUUCGAAAAAAAAAGUUGUUUCCUCACCAAACAAACACACAAACGUUGAUAUUCCUUAAAAGAUCGUUAAGAGCUUUGUCAAUUAAAAGAUUGAAGCUUUUUUGGUUAUAAUGGGAGAGGAGCAGCAUUCGAGAAAGCGAUCUCGACAGCAUUUUGAAGCAGAGGAGACCAGACACAUAUCUUUGCUAAAGUCUCCUCGAUGCGAAACGGCAAAGUGGUAUUUCAGCAAGGAAGAGAUUGAGCGCUUCUCUCCAUCUAGGAAAGACGGGAUUGAUCUGGCCAAGGAGUCGUUUUUGCGCUCUUCCUAUUGCACCUUCCUUCAAAGACUCGGCAUGAAGCUUCAUGUGUCCCAAGUUAUAAUAGGGUGUGCUAUGGUGAUGUGUCACCGGUUUUACAUGCGCCAAUCUCAUGCAAAAAAUAACUGGCAGACGAUAGCAACUUCUAGUCUCUUCCUCGCUUGCAAAGCUGAGGAUGAGCCGUGUCAACUCUCCAGCGUUGUUGUUGCGUCUUAUGAAAUCAUUUAUGAGUGGGAUCCUUCUGCCUCAAUUAGAAUCCAUCAAACUGAAUAUUACCAUGAAUUUAAAGAAUUUAUUUUGGCCGGGGAGAGGCUUCUGCUGGACACAAGUGCUUUCCAGCUUCUAGACGUCGAGCUUCCGUACAAACCUCUGGCUGCAGCUUUGAAUAGGGUGAACGCUUGGCCUGACCUUGCAACAGCUUCAUGGAAUUUUGUGCACGAUUGGCUUCGAACGACACUGUGCGUGCAAUACAAACCUCAUGUUAUUGCAACUGCCACUGUGCACCUAGCUUCCACGUUUCAGAAUGGUAAAGUAGGCAGCAGGAGAGAUUGGUGGUUAGAUUUUGGAGUGACAACCAAGCUGUUAAAAGAGGUGAUCCAGGAGAUGUGCAUGCUGAUAGAAGCGGACAGAAGGAGGACUAUGCCUCCGCCUCCGCCUCCAAGAAGAGAGGUAGCUUGGGCAAUACCUGCACCCUUAAAUCCUCCGGUCCAUAUGUCUAGAGGCUAUCCGUUUCACAGCUACCCUUUGCAGUCCUAUAGACAGCCUGGAAUUUGGUGAGAGCCAAUUGUUCAGCAGCUUGAAGAUGUAAUCUCUCUCUCUUGUAGUCUUGAGUUUGGUCGAUAGACAAAGGAAGAUUCUGUGGAGAGAGGCAGUGUAAGGUUACAUAGCAGUCGGAGUGAGGUUUUUAUGUGGCUAAGUUAAGCCUUCUCAGGUGUGACUAUCUUUCACCAGAGUGAAUCUCUCUCAAGAUUCUUCUUGUUUGUUCUGUUACAUAGAGAUUAUGUAGAGUUGUUGGUUAUUACAAGUGUCCACACGCUUGUUACAACACUAGCAAAACCUUUAUGUUAUUGUACAUCUGGAAUCUAUAUUUUGGGUUAAUUCAAAUUGUUUUCGACUUA